UAAUCUAGCUUUUGUGCUGUUUUUUUGGUUUUUUUAACAUUUUUUUGCAUUAUAUGCGAAUAAAGUACAAUAUUUUGUUUGUUACAUUAUCAGUUUACCUUGCGUUUUUAACCAGAAAAGUAUUAUAGGCCCCACGAUAUUUUCAAAAUCAACAAUAGCCGUAAAACGGGAGAUACGAUAAAAUGUUUACCUUACGCUUAGCAGCCCGAACAUUAAAUGCUGCUCCAACUUUAUUGCGAGUUAACCAUACAGUAACAAUAAAUUACGCCGGGAUGGCCACUAAAAUUUCCGCUGGUCCCGUUGUGGAUAUACUAGGUGAUGAGAUGACCCGAAUCAUUUGGGCUUCGAUUAAGGAGAAACUCAUUUUACCCUUUUUGAAUAUUGAGCUCCAUACGUAUGAUCUGGGCAUUGAGAACCGUGACAAGACGGAGGAUAGGGUUACCAUAGAUUGCGCCGAAGCUAUUAAGAAAUACAAUGUAGGUAUUAAGUGCGCCACCAUAACUCCGGAUGAGAAACGUGUUGAAGAAUUUAAAUUGAAAAAGAUGUGGAAAUCGCCGAACGGUACUAUACGUAAUAUAUUAGGUGGCUCAGUAUUUCGUGAGGCUAUUAUUUGCAAAAAUGUUCCCCGUUUGGUUAGCGGAUGGGAGAAACCCAUUGUAAUUGGUCGGCACGCUCAUGCUGAUCAAUACAAAGCCACCGAUUUUCUAAUACCCGGUUCAGGAACAUUAACACUAUCGUUUGUUUCAAAGGAUGGCGAAACAAAAAUUGAGCAAGUAGUUAACGAUUACAAAGGCGCUGGUAUAGCGUUAGCUAUGUAUAAUACAGAUGCCUCUAUAAUUGAUUUCGCUCAUUCCUCUUUUAAGUACGCCUUGGCACGUAAGUUGCCUUUAUAUUUGAGUACUAAAAACACUAUACUUAAAAAAUAUGAUGGACGCUUCAAGGACAUCUUUGAGGAAAUCUACGAGAAAACUUACAAAGAAGCUUAUGAAGCCGAAAACAUUUGGUAUGAACAUCGUCUGAUCGAUGAUAUGGUUGCCUAUGUAAUGAAAUCAGAGGGCGGCUUUGUGUGGGCCUGUAAGUUGGAUAAUAAUGCUGACCUUAAGAGGUUUGCUGAAACUUUGGAAAAGGUGUGCAUUGAUACCAUUGAAUCCGGACACAUGACUAAGGAUUUGGCCAUUUGCAUUAAGGGCAUGAAUAAAGUCGAACGUAAAGAUUAUAUGGAAACCUUUGAAUUUCUAGAUAAAUUGGCUGACAAUUUAAAAAAAGCCUGGUCUCACUGACUAAGCCGAGAUAAUAGCGUUGAAUAUAAAAAAUCUCAUCUCUAACUACAUUUCGAUGUUACGAUGGCCAGUUAGUCUCACUCUCGGAACAUAUAUGGUGGAUGGUGGUUAACGCGUUAUUUUCCAUUUACGUUAUUUUCUAUUGAGGCUUUUUAUAUCGCUUAAGAAGUGCUUGUUUAGCGUUUUGUAAUAUGCUUUCAAAUAAAUUUUCUAAAAAUUUUUAUACCGAA